CUCAUUUUAUGUUGUUUGUUUAUAUUUAUUAUCAAUAAUAUUAAUGAAAAACUAAUGUGAUUAGUGUGAAGUAUCAAUAAAGGAGAUAUGGAAGAUGAAGUAGAUAAAUCGCAACAAUGCAGCAAUAGCAAACUUUCUGUUAACAUCCAGGACACGCAAUCUCAAGAUCAAGAUAAUAAAACUGAGGAUUCAGAAAUGUUGAAGGAAAUAGCGAUACAGUCGGUAGAUUUAAACGUUGCCACUUGUAGCACGGAACAAUCCAGAUCUUUAAAUUCGUGUCCUAUACCUGGUGUUUCCUCUCGAUUGCCACUUAUCGUCAUAAGCAGCCCCACAGAAAGUCGAGCCCCCAUCACUGCACAAUCUUUACGAACCUACUCCAGUCUAUCAUCAUUCAUUUCCCCGUUAUCGCUAAUAUCGGGCACAUCGAAUCAACCUAAAUCACUUUUUAUACAAGCCCUUACUAAAUUAACAGAGAGUUCGGUGAGUAUAGCUGUUGUUAACCAAGUGACAAAAAUGGUGGAGCUGUCAGGAGCUGCUGGCAAAGUUAUAGCGAAUUAUAAAUCACCAGAAUUGAGUCCUCCAGAUUCGUUAACGAGCGCGCCACCAUCUUACUCUUUCGUGCUGCGCCAAACGGCUGCGCAUCGUCGUCCGAGACUUAUGGGAACUUUCAUACCUUCCCCGUCUUUCGUCCAGCAUACUCCUCCGCCAAAUUAUGCAGCAGCCUUCGACAUUUACGUGGACAAUCCUGUACAUCCGCAACCCCAAAGGGUAUACAGCUUUGGCUUUACUUCUAUGCCGGUAGUUUGCCCUGAAUGCGGGUACGCGGGCCUGACAGCUGUUACCAGUAAAAUAACCAUCUGUACACAUAUAUGCGCAUUGAUCUUAUGCCUUUUCUGUUGCUGGAUUUGUGCCCCUUUGCCAUAUUUAAUGAGGUCUUGUAAAGACGUGUACCAUUAUUGUCGGAAUUGCAGAAACUAUUUAGGUAUGUACAGUCCUUCUAACCCAGAGAGUACGUUUCCCGCGUGAGUGAGAUAAUGGUACCUACGAUGUA